AUCUACAACAUUAAAUUGUAUUUGUAUUGGCUAUAUGUAGAGAUGGUAUUUGACAGUAGUACAUGUUUAACAGCACAACAUACAAUUGCUUCAGUUUCACCCAGAAUGAUCCUUUGUGGAUUGGUGCUGUUGGUGUCUGGGUCUGUUUUGGUACACGCCACAUACAACCCAGCUCUGGAUACAGCAUGGGAGGACUGGAAAUCAACCCACCAGAAAGGGUACUUUGGUUUGGGUGAGGAGGACAUCCGCAGGACCAUCUGGGAGAAGAACAUGCAGCUGAUUGAGGCCCACAACCAGGAGUAUGAGCUGGGGAUCCACACGUACGAGCUGGGCAUGAACCACCUGGGGGACAUGACAACCGAAGAGGUUGUGGCGACGAUGACUGGUUUCAGACCUGAUAUGGAAGAAGAGAUCAACUCAACCUUUGUUCCUGACUCCAAAGCAGCACCUUCCUCCAUUGACUAUCGUGCCAUCGGCUAUGUCACCCCAGUCAAGAACCAGGGCUCCUGUGGCUCCUGUUGGGCCUUUAGUGCUGCUGGAGCUCUGGAGGGUCAGCUGAGUAAAAAAGAGAAGGACCUGGUGGAUCUGAGUCCCCAGAACCUGGUCGACUGUGUGGGGCAGGACAUGGGCUGCAAUGGUGGCUACAUGACCUACGCAUUUGACUACGUCCGCAGGAAUGGCAUAGCCGCUGAGAAAGCGUAUCCCUACACAGGGAUGGAUGAAAGAUGUCACUACAACUCUUCUAUGAAUAGAGCUUCAUGCAGAAGUUAUAGGCAGAUUAAGAAAGGGGAUAAGAAGAUGUUGAAGUUGGCACUGUCUCAGAUUGGCCCUAUUUCUGUAGCCGUUGAUGCAAGUCUGGAAAGCUUCCAUUUCUACAAGAACGGUAUAUACAAUGACUGGCAAUGCAGCCAUGAACAUCUGAACCAUGCCGUUCUUGCUGUGGGCUAUACCACUCGAUACUGGAUUGUGAAGAACAGCUGGGGCACGGAAUGGGGAGACAAGGGCUACAUCUACAUUAAGAAGGGCAGAAAUGUAUGUGGAAUCGCCAACAUGGCCAGCUAUCCAGUCGUGUGAAUGACAAAUGCUUAGUGAAGGAGUUGGGAUACAAGAUAUUAAUAAUAUGUCUUGGCAAUUGUUAAAAUAAUGUAGAGAAAUUAGAUCUCUGUAACUGCUUAAGUAUUGUGUGUUUAUCUGCUCUCAGCAUACAGAAAAUAUUUUAAAAAGAAAUAAAUAAACUCUGGAUAUCAGUGGCAUCUCGGUUUUAUUUUAUUGUUAUGCCUGUUUGUUAAACUGGUUUGUUUCCCCGUUAGUUCAUUGGUUAGUUAGUUAGUUACAUGAUCUUAUACUUGAUUCUGGAUUUCAGUUGUGCUCAAAGGCCACUGAACCAGACUGGGCCUCCGUAUUGCAAGAAACUUUGUAUGGUAGAGCCAAAAAACAGAAUGAAGAUUUCCUUACCAGCUCCAAAUAACCCGAGUCUCCUUAAAAAGUAGAUCCUCUGUUGUACCAUAUAGUAGGUCCAGGACAGUGCACUGUCCAGGUGUUAGAAUGAUCAUGUUUGUUUUAUGGUUUGGUUGUGAAUUGGAAUCGGUUGUUAAAAUAAAGAAGGGACAUUUUUAAAAUAAACUCUGGAUAUCACUGGCAUCUCGGGUUCGU